CAUAGGCGCUGCUGCCUCCGCUGCUGAAAAUUCACUCUCUGUGUCCGUGUUUUUGUGUGUGGUGCUUGCGGUUGUGGUGGUGUGCGGGUGUCUGACCCAACCAGCACACAUAUAUAGUUCAAAUAGAUAUAUAUAUAUAUACGAAAAAUAGAUAUAUAUUCAAUAUAUAGUCCAACAACGCGAACGUGCAACGCAAACUGCAGCGAGCGAAUGAACCAAUUAAUACACAUAAUAAAAAUCUGAAAAAUCCCAGCAACGCCAAGAGAAACGGGAAAAACAAGCAAAGAAUUCACGGCAAAUUAUUUAAAAAGAGUGUGCGAAUAGACGGGCGACGACAUCGGCCCCUGGAGAAUUUAACAGAAAUAAUACCGGGAAAAUAGAAAAAAUAAACCAGCAGAGGAAGUAGCGGAGAAAAGUCGAGAAGACCGCAAGCAGUUUCAACAGCGACGACGAGAUGCCGUUUGUGACGCCCCGUGCGGGAACAAGCAGUGCAAGCAGUGCGCCCGGCGGACGCACCACAUUCCGCCCGCCAUGGGUGAAGGACGAUGGCGGCACCACUGCCACCAGCACCGCCACAAAGCCCAGCGCCACGCCAUGGGCAAAGAAAACAGCGACCACAACGGCCGCCACUCCGGCGUCCAAGGAAAACGGAGAAAAAUCCACUGCGACCAAGCCAAAGGCUGCAGCCACCACCACUGCAGCCGCGAAGAAAACCACCUCAGCCACCCCUGAGCCGACCAAGAAGGUGGCCGAGCCAGCCAAGAAGGUGACGGAGCCCGUGAAGAAAUCUUCCCUGGCCACAGCGGCGGCCAAGAAGACACCGGAACCUGUGAGCACCAAGAAAGCGCCGGAGCCAGUCAAGAAAGUGGCGCCCACCGUGGGGCUCAAAAAGCCCGUGGCCACCACCUCGGCACUGAAGAAGAAGAAAGAGCCGACACCGCCACCCGAAUCCUCCUCCGAAGAAGAGGAGAGCGAGGAGGAGGAGGAGGAGGAGACCGAAGAGGAAACCGAGUCCGAGGAGGAGGAAAGCGAGGAGGAGAGCGAGUCCGAGGAGGAGGAGAGCGAGGAGGAGGAGGAGGAGGACACCACAGUGGACGAGAAGGUGCCCGAGCACGUGAAGAAGGCGGCCCAGCUGCGCCCCACCACCGUCAACAAGAAGCCGGAACCGGAAAGUGAGUUGAGCCAACGUUUUACCAUGGAGAAACCCAAGUUACGCAGCGUGGUGGUCAAGCGGGACAAGUCCUUGAAAAAGAUGGCCACCGAGGACGACGACGAGGCCGAGGAGGGCGAAACGGAGGAGGAGCGCGACAAGCGGCGCCGCUUCAAAAUGGAGAAACCGAAGCUGCGGCACGUGAAGCGCGAGGAGAAGCCCCUGCCCAGCAAGAGCACCGACGACCUGGCCAAAAUCCGGCCUGUGCUCAAGAAGGUACCCAAAAUCGAUGAGCUCCUCAAGGAGCCGAAAGAGGAGCCCAAGCCCGAGUUUACGACCAAGACCCUGCGCAAAGCGUCCAUAAAGCGCGAGCCGAGCAUCAAGUGCGUUCCCGCCCCGCCGCCGUUGCCCUCGUUGGUGCCCAAGGCUCCGCCACCGCCGCCCCCGCCCCUAGCCCCUGGUGAGAAGAGAGUGCUCUCGAGCAACCAGAAGGAAACCCUCGAGAAGCUCAGGACACGACCCCGAAGGCGCCCGGACUGGUCCGAGAUGAUGAAGGAGGUGGAGAGCGGCAAGAAGCUGCGCCAUGUGGCCUGCAACGAUAGAUCUCAGCCCAUCCUGACGUGCAAGUCGAUGACCAAAGUGGACGACAAGUUCAUCUACGAGACGGAGAAGGGCAACUCGCACAACAAGCUGCUCAAGCAGAUCCAGGGCGGCAUAAAAUUAAAGCCCACCAAGACGAACGAUCGCAGCAAGCCGGUGCUCGAUGGACUGCGCAAGUUCCGCCGCCAAAUGACCAUCGAGGAGCAGCUGCAAAAGUCCCAGUCCAAGGUGAACAUGCUCAGCGAGGCGCCCAGCAGCCAUGCCCUUGGUCCAAGCAGUGCCGUCGCUUUGGGAGCCGGCAGUUCCCGGCCCAGCAUCGUUUCGGCCAUGUCCAUCGACGAGGAGAGUCCCGACGAGCUGGACGACAUCGACAAGAUCCGCGAUGAUCUGCAGAGCACCAAGCAGAUGCUGGCCCUCGAACUUCGCAAUCGGGAGGCCCAGGAGCGCGAGAACAAGAAGCUGCUGGCCAAGAUACGCACCCUGGAAACGGAGCUGGAGCGUGAGAAGUCCAGAGAGAAGAAUCUCGAGUACGGAUCCAAUGUAAUUGUGGCCACCAUGGAUCCCACGCCCACCGCCGAACAGACCUACGUGAACUCGCUGAAGCGCGAAGUGGAGGAUGCGCGCAAGGUGUCCAAGGAGGUGGAGCAGAACUACCAGAGCACCAGCGAGCUGCUGGUGGAGGCCAAGACGGAGAUCGAGGAGCAGCGCCGCCAGAUUCAGUUGCUCGAGAGGAAGCUGGCAGCAGCUCUACAGGCGACACCAAGCACUAACAGACCGCACAUUAGUAAUUGCUUUGCUUACGACGACGACGACUACGACGAUUGCUUCCACUACGACCACUACCAUGCAGCACGGCACCAGGGAGGAGGUUCCCUGGACGGAUCACGGCGACCCAGCGAUGCGAACUUCGGCAGGGACAGCUCGCCGGAACUGGAGCCCGAGGUCAGCGAGAGCGAUCCCGACGAGCCGGAGGAGAAGAAGGUGGAGCGCAGGGAGCGGCGCUCUGGCAAGGAGCUGAAGAUCCUGCGCAGCAAGCUCACCAAGCUGAAGGUCAAGGAGGAGGCGGCCAAGAAGGAGAAGGACGCGCUCAAGCAGGCCAUGAAGAAGAACCAUGUGAUCCUCAAGGAGGAGAACAAGAAGUUCAAGAAGCUGGAGAAGGAGGUGCAGAAGAUGGCCGCCUCGAUGAAGCUGGACGAGGACGACGUGGAUGGCGAGGAGAAGGACGAGGACGAGGAGGAGGCCGAGGAGGAGCAUGCCACCGAGGAGGGGGAGGAUUCCGACGACGAGUCCGAGGAGUCGGAUUCGGAGGAAAGUGAGGCGGAAACGGGCAGCGAGUCCGAGCCGGAGGACUCGCCGAACUCCGCGAAGAAGGCGAAUGUGGAGCCGCGGGUGAAGAAGCACGAGAGCCGGUUCGCCGCGAUGAAGAAGUGCAACGUGCUGCUCCAGGCGAACGUCGACAAUUUGCAGGAUCAAAUUGUGCAGGUGCGAUCGCGGGCCACCAAUCUGCAGGACGAACUGGACGCGGUUAUCGCCGAUCUGGGCUUCUAGUCCCCGCCCGUCUUCUUUUUCUGUUUCCUUCCGUUCCUUGCUCUGUUUAUCGAGUGUGUGUGCUUCGAGAUUAUAAACUUAUUUAAACAUUUA